CCCAUAUCAUCACCGUAAAACCAUGUUGGAUGAUUCUAAGAAUGAGGAUCUUGCAUUGCAGAUCAUCAAUCUUGUCAAAAACAGUAUCAAUAACCAAAAUAAAACACAAAAACAGACAAACCUCAAUUUCAAACAAAAACUAACUUGCUCUCUUCACAAACAACCAUCAAUGGAGUCAAGAAAAGCAACGAAAGCCACCAGAGGAAGAAAAAGCGCCGGUGAAUGGAAGAAAUCCGUCACAAAGACCGUCAAAGCCGGUUUCCAGUUCCCCGUCGGAAGAAUCACCAGGUUUCUAAAAAAGGAGCGACACGCUCAACGUACCGGAUCCGGAGAUCCGAUCUACCUUGUUGCUGUUCUCGAAUACCUUGAUGCUAAGUUUUCGGAGUUGGCCGGAAAUGCAGGGAGAGAUAACAACAACUCGAAGCCGAACCAUCAUGGCGGUGCCGGCGUUUGUGAUGAUGGCAGCCUUGGAGGCUCCAUCAACAUCAACAACAACUCGAGGCAGGACCACUAUAGUGGUGGUAGAAAUAUUAGUGGUGGCAGCAGUUCGAAUGGUGACGGCGGUAGCUCAGGCGGUGGUACAUGUAACUGGUUUGGGGAUGAUUCCUUAAACCCUUCAUUCUUAAACCUAAAUUUUCAGAGUCUAGAUUUUGGCCCAGAAGAAAUAGAAAGGACGGGGUAAUCAUUGGGCGUGGCACUGAGCACCAAGGAUUGUCUUACGUGGACGAGAUGACUCAACAAGGUACUGUGAUGCUGGCUCAUGGAACUACAAGUCGUGAAGCUUGGUUGUGGCAUAGGCAUCUGGGACAUCCGUCCACAGGGUAUCUACACCUUUUAUUUCCUAAGCUUUUCCCUUCAAAUAAACCAAUAAAUUGUGAAACUUGUCUAGUUGAAAAAAACCAUCGAUCAACUUUCAAACCAAACAACACAAAACUUGAUUCACCUUUCUCAUUGAUUCACUCGGACGUAUGGGUCCGGCUCCUGUUAUUGGAGAAUAAAACUUUCGGUAUUUUCUACUCUUUGUGGAUGAUUGCACCCGUAUGACUUGGAUCUAUUUUUUGAGGCAUAAAUCUGAAGUGUUCGAAAAGUUCACUUGGUUAUAUGCCAUGGUCCAAACAUAAUUCAAAAACCCAUCUAAAUCUUACAAUCCGAUAAUGGAAGUGAAUUUGUGAAUAAUUCCAUGAAACAUCUUUUUCAAGAAAAAGGAAUGAUUCACCAAAAAGGAAAGUAUUUUUUGAGUGGCAUUCAACUUAUUAUAGAAUGCCGAUUUGUCCUCCUCAUUACCAGCCCAUUGACAGCUUCCUCAUUUCCAUUCAUAUGUUUUUUUUAGCUUAUAAAUUGUCUUCCAUUCCUUGUAUUUGUUGAACACAAUAUUAAUCAAUACAAAAAAACAAAUCCUUUCAGUUUUUUACCUCAUUGAAAAUCAAUAAGCCUUUGAAAAUUUCAAAUA